CUGGGAUUGAUGGAGAAUCCUAUUUAGGAAAACACCCUUGAUGAAGAAAGCAUGAAGCAAAGAGGAAAUUUUACAUGGAUGUAUCCAAAUGUGACGGGCACAGUAAUGCGGGGACCAUUUCUGGGAGGGCUCCCAGGGCACUUCAGAUCACUUGGUAUAAAAGCACAGGCAGCAAUUAAAAUAGCUCGUGAAACUAAACGCCUCAGGGAGCUGUCAUAAAAGGAGGUAGAAAAUCCAUCUUCUGGACUCCUCUGCAGCCAGAGACAAGCCUGGAGAAAGCAGAAGAGAAGAGAGCUCAAGGUUCACCUGGUGAAAAAAGAGGACCAUCGAGCCAGAUACACCAAUUUGAUCUCAAGAUGGCUGAGGGGGAUCUCCGGGGUUCGAGCACCCGUUUCUCGCUCUCGUUUUCGGGCAGUGGCUUUCUCGUCCUGUACCAGGUUGGGGUGGUGCAGUCCCUUCUGGAGCUGGCUCCCGAACUCCUCAAGUCCGCGUGCAAGGUCUAUGGGUCGUCCGCCGGCUCGCUCAUCGCCGCCGCCGUGGUGUGCGGCGUCAGCCUCGAUGACCUAAAGGAAUUUUUCUUUGCCAUGGCAAAGGAAGUCAGGAAAACCAUCCUGGGCCCUCUCUCGCCCAAGUGCAGCUUGCUGGCGAAUAUCAAGACCGUUUUACAGCAGAUGCUACCAGAGGACUCCUACCAGCUGGCUUCGGGGCGGCUGCACAUCUCUCUCACGCGGGUGGUGGAUGGCCAAAACGUCAUGGCCUCUGAGUUCAGCUCAAAAGAGGAGCUCAUUCAGGCUCUCCUCUGCAGCUGCUUUCUUCCUAUCUACUGUGGAUUCAUCCCUCCAUCCUACCGAGGUGUGCGAUAUGUUGAUGGAGGAUUCACUGGCCUGCAGCCUGUUUCCAGCUUGGAGGAAGCCGUGAUCACUGUGUCCCCAUUCACGGGAGAGCUCGAUAUCUGUCCGCGGGAUUGUCCCGCUAUCUUCCUCUGUUUCCAGAUCUUCAACGGCAGCAUUCAGAUCUCGAUAGAAAACCUCUGCAGGAUUAGCUAUGCUCUGUUUCCACCUAGUGCCAUGGUCUUGAAUGACAUUUUCUCCCAAGGCUACCAGGACACUGCCCUUUUCCUGUACAGGAACAAUGCCUUUGGCUUUAACUACUUCGAUGGCAAUUUCCGCUUCGCCAGCAUGUGUGGGAAAAACGACUCUGCACAAUCCAACAGGACAUGCACCGGCCUAUGCAAAAGGGUACCACAGUGCCUGAUUCCUUGCUUCCUGCCAGGCUUGGCUCUGUGGAGGAAGGAGCAGGUGACUGGACUGCAGGAUCCACUGUCGAAGGUCCUGUUGCAGCCAUACAGGCUGCCAGCUUUCAUCAGGAAGGGGCUGCAGAAGCUGUGGGGCCUGCUGGAAGGUAUGAGCUCCAUGGUAAAACGGUUCCAGAAGCUCCUCCAAACCAUGGUGCCUGGUUUGCCUAAGAGAGCCGUGGCCAGGAGGCAGACAGUCCCACUUCUGCAACAGCCCUUCUACCAGGCUCCUGAUCUUCCUAGCAAGCACCACCACCUCCAGGCAGGAUAUAAUCAUUUCAGUCAGCCUCAGGCAGUAACACUAUCCCUAUUCAAAUGCAAAUUAAAAUCCCCCAAAUAAAAUUCUCAUAUAGGAAUUGGACAUCCAAAUCCACUAAAUUUGUUUGCAAAUCUCAGCCACAAACAGAAGCAUAGUUUGAGCUACCCAGUGCAUCCCACCUACCGCUACAUGGCAUGGGGCUUGAAUGUAAAAAGUUACUUUGAGAACUUUAACAAAAAACAGCCUACAAGGAACACCCAAACCAAAAAAACCCAAUCACAGCAGAGUGCCCUCCUGCUCCAAACCUGCAAAGAUGUGCUAAGAUAUAAGUAUUUAAAGACUCAUCACUCAAAGCAGCUGUCUUUUGCUUUAUUAAUCCCACACCUUUUCAAGCAAGCACCCCUUCUGCUGUUUCCUCUGUAUGAGCCUGGAGCUAACGGCAAAAGGAGGCUUUGCCAGAGGCAGUGGAGAGAGGCGAAGUUUGGCAGCUCUUUGAAUCACCUUGUGCAAAAGCUUGUUUCACCCCUAGGGAAGCAAGCGGGGAAAUCCAGCUGCACCCAGUUCAAACCAGCUGGAAUAGCUCCUGUCUUCAGCCUGCAAUGCAUCCUUUAAAGGCAGGUCAUGGGAAUCACCUGGGGUUGGGGAGAUACAAGGGGGGUUGUGGCCCUGCCUGUGCUGGUGACAUUGCUGCCACAGUGUGCUCUUCAGUGCAGCUUGGUGUCUGUCUGCAGGCUGUAUUGCAAGUUGCUCUUUCUCUUUUUAAAACAUGAACUGGAGCCAAAGGCAGCGGCAGGGUCAGAAAUGCUCUUCUGUGGCUGGCAUGGCCCUAAAGAGAGUAAAACCAUGUUGGUCAAUCUGACAGACACUUCUGGAAGUUCUUGUGAGACAAACUAGAUUCAAAUACCUGAUCAGGGCUGCUUCUCUCCCUCCUAUUGUCUAGAGGGUAAUAGGAUAAGCAGGUUUUGAUAUCCUUAAAAUAUUGUUCUUAUACUGCUGUCCUGUUGCUUGCCCUGAUCUGGAUCAAACUUAGCAGAGAUGCGAAGCCUCAGGUGAACGGGAUGAGAGUUUGGAGACAACCCAAGUCAGCAGGAGCUCUCUCUAAAGCUAGACCCCACUGCAGAUCUAGUGGGAAGGGGAGUCCUGGGGCCUGAUCCAUGCAACUGAGCCAAAUGAAAACAAACAUGUCCAAUCCUGCCUGUGUCUCUGGCUGUUGGCUGCAGGUGCUUUAUGCCAGACUCUGCUUCUAAUCUAGAUACCAAGGAGGGUGCAACUCAUUGUGCAACUCUCCUGGUGGGCACAUGGAUAAAGAGGCAAAUCCUUGUGGUUAACCUGCUAAUCUAGCCUGAGCCUUGCUGGUGUGCAGGCUCCACCGCAGCAGUAGUCAGUCCUUUGGAGACAUUCUGACUUAUUCAGGAAAACAGGUGUGAGCUGUUGGCAGGUUUAUACCCUUGCUUAUUUGGCAACCACUGAUAUUAUAGUAUUGUGCAGAUAAACAGCAAAAUAGCCUUUUCCUGGCCUAGAUCAUCAGGGCUUUUACUUCCUAGAACUGAAAAAUCUGAUGUGCUUCUCCUCUGGAGACUGAGAGCCCUGACUUACCUCUUAGUUGCUCUCUGGCCUAACGAAUGAGUCUUGACUCCUUCCACAGGUGAUCUUAGGUUGGUGAAAAAUGUUGCAGCCCAGCUGCAAACCAGAGACGCAGACACCUGAUAGCCCAGAGCCUGCCCAAUGCCCAAAGAAAACUGGUUCCUACAAUGUUGCUUUCAAAAGUUCCAUGCAGUUCGAACUGAUGAAGCCUUUAAAAAAGCAAGCAUGGAAGCAAAACUGCAUAGCCUAACACUGUGUCAUGCAUUUCUACAUUGUGUCUCUUCCCAUAUUCCCAUAGGUAGAGUUGUCUUGUUUUCAAUGGAAAUGUUGUCUUUGCUUUCAUUUUAUGCUUUUCAAGCUUUUAUUUUUAGAUCUGGAAUGGUAAUGGUGCUGUUCUUUCCCCUUUAUAUUCCUCAUUUGGUGUGGUCCUCCUAGAUAUAGCAGAACAAUAUUUGGGUCUUUUUUCACUUUUUAUUUAAUUUAUCUGGCAACAUUUUAAACCAUCAUCAUGUUGGAAAAGCUGCCUAAUUUUUCCUAAGCUGACAAAUUCUGAAAUGUUGAAGGACUCAGAAAGAAAAAGAAAAUAAAUAAUAAAAUUUAAAGAAAUAUUACAUUCCAGCAAACACUUCUUUGUAUUCCACUAGUAACAAGACAACAAACUGGAAUCUGAAAUGCUGAGGGUUCACCAGUUUUCCAUGUCAAAAUUGAAAUGGGAGGGGACAUUGUUUUGCAUAGGAUUGCAGAAAACUAGAAGGUUUGGAUUUAAACCCGCCUUAUGUUGCUCAAAAAUGAUACAGGUAGAGGUUUACCUGCAGCUUUAAUAAGCUUUUCUUGCACUGAAGUAUUUACACAUGGCUGCACACCAGAGUUACUAAGUAGAAAUUUUAAUUUGCCUGGCACAGCAAACCCAGCUCUAAACCUUGAGACACUGCUCCUUCCCUGACCCUUAAUGAAAUGAUACAUGGGCAGAACCUGGUAUUACCUUGCAAGGUGAGUAAAUGCCUUUCUUCAUAGAAAGAGCUACUUCUCCAAAGACCCCUUCUGACCUGGCCACAGCCUAAGUCCUCAAUCCUCACCCAAAACAAGUUCAGCAUGAGGCUUCACUAAUAACCACUGACCCAAGAGCGGACUUUCUCCCAUUCCUGAUGUUUUCACCUACUGGAGCCUGCAAAAACUCAGACAGCCUCUUUUGGCAGUGAGAGCCCUGGGCAAGUGUCACUUAGCUAAUGAAAACUGAUGAGGUAAAGGAAGUCCUGGUCCUCUACCUUCCUCAUGGCGGAGAAGGUGGCGUGGGGCUUCCUCUUCCACUUCAUCUGCUGCCUGGAUGGUCCCUGGAUUCUCUUCAGUGACAUCCUCAGUGUAUGUGGCUCUGGAGUGAAGCACUCUUAUUUCUGGCUUCCAGUGCAGGGUCCCUUCACCUUUCUGACAGGAUUCAUUGGCCAAUGAAAGCAUAAAGUCAUCAUCAAGAUAAUUUAUGCCGAAUUCACCUGGUGGGAAGAGAAUCCAGCUCUCACUGCUUGUUGCUCAACUACCAGGUCUCCAGCAAUCUGAGGCAUGACCAGCGUUGACUGGAAAACAGGGGGACUGAUGACCACAGUGCAUGGCUAAUCUGAGUUGGGUUUCUGGUACAGGGAUCACCAAACAUUGCUGCUUUGUACACCAGUGGGCUAUCAGUCUAAUACCACACAGGGUACCCGAGCCUGCCUACACUUCUCCUGCCUAGGUCCUGGGGACCUGUGUUCCCUGGAAAUCUCUACCAUGCCCAGUGUGACAGAGAAGAGGGGACCUAACAUCAUCAGAGGGGAAGGGGUGAAGAGGGAGCUUCAGGAGAGGCCACAGAGAGGAUGGGACUCAAGUAAUCCUGGCAAUGCCAGGGAUGCAGAUGUCUCUGUCCCAGUCACUCUAGGUGCACUGGCAGCACCUCUUACCUUCUGUCAGCAAACCAACGUUGUAAGAGAAGCACCUGACCUACCUGCUCCUCACUCCCAGUCACUUACUCAGUCUUUUUAAGUAGGAGACUGCGUCCUGGUAGCCAUGGGUAUAAAACUGGUCCAGAACCUGCAGGAGGGAGAUGGCAGUCAGGGAAGAUGGGCCAGCUAUAGGGGCCUCAUGGCUCUGUGUACCUGUAGAAGCAGCUCACUUGACGUGUGGGAAGCUGAAAAAUAUACUGCAAGCGGUGGAUGUUUCUUUUUGAUAUGUGUA